AUGAGACGCCUCGGACACCGCCGCGGACAAACGGGACUCCAGCUCCCUCACGCUCCUCCCUGCUGCAUCGCUAGCUUCCACCAUCUCGGCCUUCUUUGCAGCGAGCAGCGCAGCCAGGGCAGCGUUCUCCCCCUCCAACGCCUUCAGCUGGACGAGAGCGUCCGCCAGUUCGCGCUCCAGGAUAUCCACAUCACCCGUAGCAGCAAGUUCCCUUCUCGCAGCAAGCUCCUCAAGUUCACGACAGCGGCUAUACACACCCUCAAUUGUCUUACUCGCGUCCGCCUCUGCACCCUCAAUUACCGCCUCCCUCUGUGCAAGAUCCUCUGCGAGCUUCUCGAUGUCAGCCUCCCUCUGCGCAAGAUCCUCUGCGAGCUUCUCAUUGUCAGUCUCCCUCUGCGCAAGAUCCUCUGCGAGCUUCUCAUUGUCAGCCUCCCUCUGUGCGAGGUCCUCUGCGAGCUUCUCAUUGUCAGCCUCCCUCUGCGCAAUUUCCUCUGCGAGCUUCUCAUUGUCAGUCUCCCUCUGCGCAAGUUCCUCUGCGAGCUUCUCAUUGUCAGCCUCCCUCUGUGCAAGUUCCUCUGCGAGCUUCUCAUUGUCAGCCUCCCUCUGCGCAAGUUCCUCUGCGAGCUUCUCAUUGUCAGUCUCCCUCUGCGCAAGUUCAUCUGUCAGCUUCUCGAUGUCAGCCUCCCUCUGCGCAAGAUCCUCUGCGAGCUUCUCAUUGUCAGCCUCCCUCUGCGCAAGGGCGCGCGUCAACUUUUCGUUGAGUGUUGUUGUCUUGUUGAGCUCGUCGAUGGUGACGCUGUAGAGAGGUUCGCUGCGCACUAUUUCAGGGGCCACUGGCACGUCAGUAUUUGGCGGUGGCAUCUGCGGUGA